AUGGAUUGGAGCUGCCUUGCUUGGGCAGGCGCAGGUUUCGUGUCAGCUUUGGCCUUCGUUGGAGGAUCUUCGCGAACGCGAGCUCCAGCAGAACCAAUCGUCUGCCACUGCAAUUGCGCCUCUUCUUCGCCGAGUGAGUCGGAGGCCAGCGGAUUGCGAGAUUGGGGGUUGCUUCUGCUUGUCCUCUUGGUGUUAGUCGGGGUUUUUGCUAAUGUUGUCCUGGUCUUGAAAUUCGACAUCAAGAAACUGGCUGGGGAUCAAGAAUACACUUUGUCCAUCAAGGGAAAGGGCGGUUCCAAGGGCGUCUACGGCGCUCGUAAAGGCUUGGAGCUCAUCGUUGCUCAUGCACGGCUUGUUCUCGCUCAUGUCGAUUCCUUUGACCACGUGAUCUUGACGCCGGACUUGGACUUGUACACUGAGACGUUGGAUACGAGUAAUGGGGACUUCAUUCGAUUCUGGGCGCCGACGCCCAAUGGGUCUAUCCCUGCAGGUGUCCCGGCCUCGCGGGUGUAUGCCUUCGGAGCGAUGGAUGUUGCGGACUAUACAGGAACUACCAGUACCAAGGAAGCUUGGAGGCUCGUGCGGAGAGGAUCCGGAAGGGCCUCCCCGCAGAUCCGGUUGCGCCUCCUCCGGGCAGUGGAAUUGGAGCGGAUCCGACCCCGCUCCAAGCCAAUUCCAUCGUUCAAGGGCUUAAAGCCCUGGUUCCAGCCGGAUCUUGCCUGUGCACUUCAUAUUGCGGUUGGGUUGAUGAACGACACACCUCCCCAGGGAGGAGGUCUUCAACUCAGUGGCCCUGCCACCGUGCUGAACAUCUUGAAGAGCGUGAGGGAUCAGAACUUCACCCUUACGGCUUUUCAUGAGCACUGGUUGAGGGUUGGCGAGAUCCCGAAGGGCAUCUACGAGCACGAGUGCCUGAGCCGAAUCCUUCGUGACCAUCGAUCAGAUCAAUGCCCCAGCGCUUUAAGGGCUAGAGCUCAUCUGCCGCCAGAUGCCCACCGCAUCUCACCUUCGGCUCCUGAUUACUCAGCUGCAGAUCACUUCAUGGGGUGGCGCUACAGAAAGGCCACGCAGGUCGACUCCGAUCUCGUGGCCCAUGUUGCUACAGAGCUCAAGAAUGAAGCUGCCAUCGCGAAGGAGUCUCGAAAGGCUCGGGAAGAGCAGAAACUUCGCCGCCGGCCUCCGAAAGGUCCCAAAGGAGGGGUGUUCUUGAUUUCGUCAGUUGUUCACCCUCUUCUGGCAGUAGGUAAACUGUUGAAGAAAGGCUGGGAGUUCAGAGAUGGAACAGCUACAGGGACUUUCCUCACGGAAGGAACAACCAAGAUCGCAGUGAACUACAACAACAACUCACUUACAACAAGAGCCUUUGUGAGAGCGGUCAACUAG